AUGAAUGCCCCGAUAACGCAGUGAACGUGAGACAGACCGUUGGCGCACCUAGACAAUUCUCACACACAUACAAGUGACCAAAACUUGUGGUACUGCUGUCUUUUCACCUCGGAGCAUUUCUGGAACCCCCUGGAACAAUGCUUCCACCACGACCUUAACGACGUUUGUCUUCACUUAAGAGAUCCACACCUUCUGUAGGUCUCGGCUUGAUUUCCAAGGAGUCCACAACGUAUUUCAUUCUUCACAAUCUCGCAGAAUUAUUGUUCCUUUUGUCAAAUUGGAACUUCGAGGACCAUCAUGACGUCACGAAGAGACGAUAACUCUCGUCUCUCGACGUCAGAACGUCACCUCAGCUGCGAUACGGAAUUUCCCGAAAAACGUCUUCCUUACAGCAGCCCGAGUAUGGAAUCCCACUCGCGUCAUGUUCGAUCAAACUCUCGUCCAGCCCGCGCUAUGACGUGGCUAGACAGCAGCAGGCUGGCCUGUCUGUGUUUGACUCUAGCCUUCAUGUGUUUGGUGACCCCGGUGACGUCACAACAGGACCAGCAGGUCCCCGACCCGGACAACCCGUUAGGAGCGUCCUUGGCGUUUGUGUUUGACAUUACAGGAUCCAUGUACGACGACCUGGUGCAGGUGAUUAAGGGCGCCGCGGAGAUCCUGCAAGACGCGCUGACCAGGCGGGAGAAGCCGUUGUACAACUACGUCCUUGUUCCAUUCCAUGACCCAGUUGUGGGUCCUGUCCUGGUGACCACAAACCCUGACAAAUUCCAGCGAAACCUUCGGGACCUCUACGUGCAAGGAGGAGGUGGUGUUUGUGCUGACGGGAGACUGUGGUAACGUGACCCACAGCGGGUACCGCGCCUACGAGGAGAUUGCCGCCACUAGCUCGGGACAAGUGUUUCUGCUUAAGAAGUCGCAAGUUAAUCAGGUAUUGAACUUUGUCCGAGUAGCCGUCCAGGCCCGUAAGGUGAACCUGCUGGCCGUGAACGAAGACGAGGGAAGGACACAGGUGUUUAACCUGCCCCUGGACUCCCACCUUAAGGAGGUCACUGUAUCCAUCAGUGGCGAGAACCCCAAGAUUGCUUUACGGGAUCCUGAAGGUAACAAAAAGACCUUGAAAAACGGUUUGACCCAACUUCUGAGCCUGAACAACGUACACAUCGUCAAUGUCAAGGACCCUAUGCCGGGCACGUGGCGUCUUAGGGUGAGCAGCUCUGGCCCCCACACCGUGCGCGUGACUGGACUGAGUACUGCAGACUUCGCCAGCGGAUUCUCCAAGUACCCGACAGAGGACUUCUCACAGACCCGUCUCAGACCAAUACAAGGUAUCCCGACUCACGUCCUGGUCAACUCCACUGGCAUAGAGUAUCCCUCCACUCUCAACGACCUUGAACUUGUUGACCUGCGCGGCAACUCCCUGGCCAAGUUCCCUCUGGUACAGAACCCAAAGUUCAACAACCUGUACAACGUCACUUCCUUCAUACCCCCAGAGCAGUUCUUUUAUGUCAAGACCCACCACCAGUGAUCAUCCCGCCCCAGAACGUGUCCGUCCUACCCGGAGAGACGGCCAUCUUGUCCUGUAUCGCCAUCAGCGCCGUGCCCUACAACAUGACCUGGCGCAGGGAGACCCAGUACGGACCUCUGACCCUUGACCCCAGGUUCCGCAGCUACAGCAAUGACUCACUCACCAUCUACAACGUGGACCGCCAGGACGAGGGAAGCUAGGCCCCUCGUGUGCGUGAGUUUGAGCGUAAGAGACUCGUGGCCGUGGGUGACCAGGCACGACUCACGUGCAUCGCUGACGGCAUCCCCGCCCCCAACAUCACGUGGUACAGGGCUGACAGAAUGCUCCAAUCGGCCUACAAUGUAGACAUCACACGUAACGGCCAGCUCAUCAUCUCCAACGUGCAAGACUCGGACGCCGGUGACUACCGCUGUGUGGCACAGAACGAGGCCGGCUCCGACAGUGUGAACCUUAGUCUGGAAGUGGGAUACAUCCAGCGGGGAGACGAGGGAAUCUACACGUGUGUUGCUCAGAACCCCUUUGGUGUGGCCGACUCUUCUGCUUACGUCAGCGUCACUGGAAUUGUGCGUCCACUUAUCGCCUACACCUACCCAUACGUCAAAGUAGUGGAGGGCGAGACAGCGGAACUAGAAUGUAUCGUGUUGCUCGGGAAGCCAAAACCCAAGUUGUCAUGGUUACGCAACGGAAAGAUCCUGCGCGCGUCAGACCGUGUCCGUUACCUGGAGCCUGGCCGGGUGGCUUUGACCGACGUGAGGGAAGCAGACGACGGAGAAUACGUGUGUCUGGCCAGCAAUAUUGGCGGGAACGAGACGUACUCUGUGAAUCUGGAUGUGCUCGUAAGCCCUGUGAUCGCCGGAGACCUCGAAGAGACGUACGAGAUCAACAUCAACGAGUCCGUCCUGCUGCCCUGUGAGGUGAGCGGCAUUCCUCGGCCCAGCGUGAGCUGGUCCCAGAACUUCAUGCCCAUCACCAGCAUGUCAUCGCGCGUGCAGCAACAGAACAACGGGCUGUACAUCUCACGCGCUCAGAUCACCGACAAGGCGAUCUACGAGUGUGAGGCCUCUAACAUCGCCGGCACCACCAAUAAGAUUAUUACGCUUAUCGUUUACAUUCCCCCCACCCUGGAGGAAGGCCCAGAAGAGGUCACUGUCCUGUACGGUCAGUCGGCCAUCCUUGAGUGUGAGUCCGGCGGUGACCCCCCACCCACAGUCUUGUGGAAAAAGGAUGGGGUUAUUCUGGAUACCGACAACCCUGAGGCCGGCUACUACCUGUCUCUGAGAGGCUCUCUCACCAUCGAUGCUGCCGUGCUCAGGGACGCGGGCAGUUACUCUUGCUCCGCCACCAACCCUGCCGGAGUGGUCAGCAGGGAGAUCUCCCUCACUGUGCACGGCACUCCGGAAAUUCCCGGUCCUUACAACGAGUACAACGAAAUCGUGGAGAGGAAUCCGGUGAUCCUGCCCUGCCCUGCUGUUGGCACGCCCCGUCCCCGGGUCACGUGGUACAAGGAUGACGUCCAGCUGACAGGCAACGAGCUGGGCAUUGUCCAGUUGGAGGACGGCUCUCUGGAGAUUGACAAUAUCCAGGCGAGGGAUUCUGGAGUCUACGAGUGUGUGGCGGAGAAUGUGGCCGGCGUGGCCAAUAGGAUUAUGGAGAUUAAAGUCUUAGUUCCCCCGUAUGUGGACGAGGCGGGCAUGUCCCCCUUCAACCAGUCAGUGGUCACCGGACAGCCUCUAUACGUCAACUGCCCCAUCCAGGGGAAACCCCCACCACAGGUCAAGUGGCUCAAGGACGGCGAGCCGCUCUCCGCUGACCUUGACCCCAACGUCAGACUGCUGGCUGAAGGUCGUCGCCUUGAACUCGUCAACGCUCGGGUCACAGACAGGGGACGCUACCUGUGUGUCGGAGAGAACAUCGCCGGGAGGACUACUAGAGAUUUCCUGGUCAAUAUCUAUGUACCGCCCUCGGUGGAGCAGCCUGGCGUGAUCGAGCAGUCUGAAGUGGUGGAGGGGAACACUGUAUACCUCACCUGCCCGGCGUCUGGGAUCCCGCUACCCAAGAUCACCUGGUUCCGGAAUGAAGUACCCAUCAAGGCAAACACGUCCAAGGUCACUCUGCUGGAGUCGGGUUGGACACUGGAGAUCCGGGAUUCGAACGUAAGUGAUGCCACGCGGUACUUCUGUCGCGCUGAGAACUUGGCCGGAGACACGGAGAAGGUCUUUGACCUGGAAGUCUUACUUCGGCCAUACAUCAACAGAGAAAAUCUGGAUACAGACCCAGAGGUCGUAAUCAACAACACUGCGGUCAUCAACUGUCCAGUCUCUGGUAACCCUGUGCCCGAUAUCAUCUGGUACAGAAACGGAGUCCUCCUGGACGCCACCAUCCAUCCCCGCUACGAGAUCCUGGCCGGGGGUCGUCAGAUCCGGGUCUACUCGGCACAGGUCAAGGACAAAGGUCGCUACACAUGCGCAGCCAACAACAGGGCCGGAGACGACGAGGUCGGCUUUGACCUCCAGGUUCUGGUCCCUCCCCAAAUCGAAAGAAGCGGGCAGAACCUCCAGCCAAAGGUCCUCAUCAACAGCUCCGUGGUGCUCAGCUGCCCUACUUCAGGCGUUCCCAGACCAGACAUCACGUGGUACAAGGAUGGUCAGCCGGUAGAGCUGAGGCCAGGUGUUGCCGAGACCAGGGCUGAAGGCGUUGACUUAGUUCUGAACAGGGCCCAGGUGGCUGACACUGGACGGUACAUGUGCGUGGUUCAAAACCCGGCCGGAGAGGACAGUCUCAACUAUAACCUGAACGUGCAGACCUGCCAUUGACGAGUCUAACGUGGUGUAUGACCGUAAAGUGAACGAGGGACGCCGGGUGGAACUCGAGUGUCCAGUGUCCGGCAUCCCGCUGCCCAGUGUGGAGUGGCUGGUCAAUGGACAGCCGGCCUCCGAAUUUGACCAUGUCCGUUCCACCAACUAUCGACAGGGAGUCUCUCCAGUCCAACCUUGUCGUUGUACAGAACAAGACCCUCCGAUUCCACUGCCCUGCCUCCGGUAUCCCUGAUCCAGACAUUAUGUGGAUGAAGGAUGAGGAGAACGGGCGUCAGCUGGUGAUCAUCUCGGCCCAGCUGCUGGACUUCGGCGACUACUCCUGUGAGGCCAGGAAUGAGGCAGGAGAUGACCGCUUGCAGUUCCGGGUGUCCAUCAUGGUACCCCCUGAGAUCGAGGACGGCCCGGUGGAGACGGCUCAGAUCGUCAACUCCCGAGCCCUGCUACAGUGUGAGACGAGCGGGCAGCCCAAGCCGGAAGUGACGUGGUCGAAGGACGGGAAACCAUUCCCGGCCACGGGAUUACGUCACCGGAUGUUGCCCGCGGGGUCACUGGAGUUCAUGCUUGUGAGGCUGGAAGAUGACGGAUUGUACCAGUGUACGGCUAACAACGCUGCGGGGAAUGUGUCUAGGAGUAUACAGCUCAAUGUGCAGAUUCCGGCCAAGAUCGUGAGUCGCGGCGACAAGACAGUCAGGGCAGCCAUGGGACAGACGGUGGUCCUGAGCUGUCAGAUAGAGGGCUCACCCACACCGGAGCUCUACUGGCUCAAGUACCGACAGUACGUCAACUCUGAUGAACGUGUCCAGGUAAUGGAGAACGGGUCCCUGUCCAUCUCGUCACUGACCAGGCGGGACUCCGGGGUGUACACAUGUCUGGCACAGAACAACGCCGGAACGGACAGCAUGGACAUACGGCUACGUGUGCAGGAACCCCCCGAGAUCUACCCUAGCCAAAGCAGCUUCACCGUCCUUCAGAACCGCACGAUCGUCCUACCCUGCCAGGCGAGUGGCCGGCCCCGGCCCAGGAUCCGCUGGGAGAAGGACGGACAGGAGAUCACCACCUCCUCCAACUACAGGCACGCGUUCGGAGGUCGCGUGCACUACAUCACGUUACAGACGGGCGGCCUGGCUAUUCCCCACACCAGAGCCGAGGAUGCAGGAACCUACACUUGCGUGGCCUACAACAAUGCCGGAGAGACCAAACAGCAGGUCUCACUGACCGUCCAGGUCCCGCCCAUGAUCCAGUCUGCCGAUAGACAGUACGUGGUUUCCGUGGGCGAGAGAGUGGAGCUACCGUGCGUCACUUCCGGCUCACCUGCCCCCACUGUGACGUGGACCAGAGACAGACGGCGCAUCGACUUCCGGGACGCCAAGUAUAUCCUGCAGUCUGAUGGCACGCUCGUCAUCCAGGAGAUUCAGGCUGACGACACCGGCAACUACGUGUGUACAGCGGAGAACAACGUGGGCAAAGACUCACAGAGUCGCCUCCUCAGGGUACAGGUACCACCGACAUUCGUGACGAGACCACGUGACCAAGAGCUGACCAUCAACAGCAACUUCCAGCUGCGCUGUGUGGCCAGGGGAAUCCCCACACCAACCAUUACCUGGAGACUGAACGAGAAACCUUUGGCUGCCCCGCCCAGCCUGAACGGCGUGAGUACUCUGACAGUCCGUAACGCCAUGAAGGAGGACGCGGGAGAGUACACGUGCGUGGCCACCAACCCCGCCAACGAACAGCAGGUCGCCGCCAGUGCAAGGGUCAUCGUGAAAGUCCCGCCCCGUGUGCUGGUCCCGCCGUCUGAUUGGGCGGUGCGCAUCGCAGAGAAGGUGGUACUGGACUGCUCUGUAGGCGGAGACCCCGCCCCGGAGAUUCUGUGGACCAAGAACUCCCGGCCCGUCAAGCUUGGAGACCGGAUCAGACAGCUCAGCAACGGUUCUCUCAUCAUCUACGAUCUCACGGCAAACGACGCUGGUAACUACAAGUGUAUCGCCAUCAACGACGCCGGCACAUCCGAGGCCCAGUCCACCGUCACCGUCAAGUCGGAGCCCAAGUUCAAGAUCGAGCCGUCGGAUGCGCUGGUAGAGAUUGGAGACACUGUGAUCUUUGACUGCACAGCCGAGGGGGUGCCUCCUCCUGAGAUGUACUGGUGGAAGGAGACGGAGGAGAUACUGCCUGGUGGGAGGGUCGCUGUGUUGGCCAACAACUCGCUCAGGAUCGUGGCCGCCCAACAGGAUGAUGUGGGUAUCUACAGAUGUUUCGCCAGCAACCCUCUGGGCAAGAGCUUCAUUGAAACCUACCUCAAUGUGGUAGUCCACGGUGGCUACUCGGCGUGGGGAGAGUGGGGUCCGUGCACCGCCUCCUGUGGGCGGGGCGAACACACCCGUCGACGCACAUGUGACAACCCCGUGCCGGAAAAUGGCGGGAGAGACUGCGAGGGGCCUCGUUCUGAGACAGCCAGCUGCAUGGUAGAGCUGUGUCCCAUUCACGGCAACUGGGGCCCGUGGGCGGCCUGGGGUGACUGUAGCGCCAGCUGUGGCGGUGGACUGGUCAAGCGGUUCCGCACGUGCAGUAACCCAGCGCCCAGCGGUCAAGGUCGGCCGUGCGUGGGGAGCGGGGAGGAGACCGACUCGUGUAACAACCAGGGAUGUCCAGGGGAAGUCCUCAAGAUGUCUCACUACGCUAACGGCGUGGACCGUAAAGGGAACCUCCUCUUCGACAUCAUCAUCAGAGGCGAGGUACCAGACCUGGGCCCCAUCAACAACGUACAUCUGGCGCCCUACCAGGAGGAAUAUAUACAGACUGGGCCUGGCACCAUCUACGCCCACUCAUCCCGUCUGUUCAGCGCGGACGGGUUCACCAUGCCCUACGCCUGGAACCACACCAUCACCUACGACCACAGUCUGGGCCGCAUGCCCUACCUGGUGCAGCUGCUCAAAGCGCGGGAACUGACCGUAGAGGUUUUGCCCGGACAGGAGUCUGUCAGAUAUAUACUGGAGGCGGAUAUUGCUCCUGACCUGGACGAGUGUGUGGCGGGUAUCGCCAGCUGCUCCCCCAACCAGGACUGUCUCAACAUCCCCGGCUCUUUCCGAUGUGUCUCCAAGUGCACUCAAGGGUUUGAGAGGCACCCUGAUGGUGACAUUUGUGUCGACAUCAACGAAUGUGAGUCCCGGCCAGACACCUGUGAGCAUACGUGCCAGAACCUGGUGGGCAGUUACCGCUGCUCCUGUCACCUGGGCUUCCGACUCGGGGACAACGGCAGGUGUAUUGAUGAAAACGAAUGUGAGCGUACAAACUCACCAUGUUCACACUUGUGUACCAACACACGAGGAAGCUACAAAUGUUCUUGUCCUCCUGGCUAUAGGCUUCUGAACGGACGGCUGUGUCGAGACGUGAACGAGUGCUAUGAGGGUGGCCACGACUGCGCGGACGGACAAGAGUGCAUCAACCAAGAGGGAAGCUUCCACUGUGUGCAGCUCUGUCCGCAGGGCUUUGUCAGGACAGAGUCAGGGAGAUGUCAAGACGUGGACGAGUGCUCAACCAGACAGCACCGCUGCUACUACAACCAGCGCUGUGUGAACACAGAGGGCGCCUACCGCUGUGAAUGUCCGCUCGGGUUCACUUCCCGUGGCCCAGGACAACCCUGCAUUGACGUUAACGAGUGCCGUUCCCGCCCCUCCCCCUGCUCCUACCGAUGUCGCAACACCUGGGGCAGCUACGAGUGCCUGUGCCCGCCCGGGCAGCUGCAGCUGGCGGACAGGAAGUCUUGUGCUGGUCUUGAGUUUCUGGAGCCAGGCCGCGUCCUCCCCGUCACCGGUGACGUCACGGCUACUUCAGGAGAAGAGCAGGAUAAUUCGAGAACCGCCAUUGGUUCAAACGUACGAGGACGUGGCAGAGGAGGAAGCUCCGCCUACUAUCGGGCAGCUCCCAGAGGUGGGGGGAGUCAGACGUCAAAUUUUAUCACAAAAAGACAACGCCCAUCAGCCCUAUCGGGGGAUCGAAGAGGAUCUAGUAGUAGCCAAGCGUUGACAUUAGGGAGAUCUCCUAUACCAAGUGGCAGCAAAACAGUUUCUCAUUACAGCCACGACAGGACGUACGCCUAUCGCAGGCCUUGGCGCAGCUUGACUCCGCCCCGAAAUACACAGCGGUAUGGGCGGCUUCAGGCGAGAAGGGGGCGGAGACUACGACGAAUGGCUAGGAAUGCGAUUGGCCCAAUACCCUGCCCUGUAGGCUUCGCCCGAGAUGCUAACAACUCAAUGAAAUGUGCAGACCGGGAUGAGUGUGCAGAAGGCCGUGCCGUGUGCCAACACAACUGUACCAACACCAUGGGGAGUUACAAGUGUAGUUGUCCCCCCGGAUAUAGACUCAACAUGGAUGGUUACUCGUGUUCAGACUGUAUUCACCAUCCUGGAGAACGAUCCUAAGCUGGAGUUCCUGAUCCGACCUGAAGAAGGCCGAGGCAUUGUGUUCACAAUGGAACCCCUUCAGGACGAUAGCGUCUACCGCAUCACGGUGCGAGCACGAUCUUACGACAACUACCGCAGACAUAUACAAUACCAGACCACGUUUAUCAUUCAUAUUUCUGUCUCCGCUUUCCCGUAUUAAUCAGUAACAACAACAAAACAAAACAAAAAAAGAAGAAAAAAAAUCGCCUAG